GCCAGAGUGUGGGAGGAGAGAAGCCAGGGAAAGAGAGCUCCAGGUGUGUGGUCUCCUGCAGCCGUGGAUGCCUUUGACAUUAUGACCGCAGAGGAUUCCACCGCAGCCAUGAGCAGCGACUCAGCCGCCGCGUCCUCGGCCAAGGUGCCGGAGGGCGUGGCCGGCGCGCCCAACGAGGCGGCGCUGCUGGCGCUGAUGGAGCGCACGGGCUACAGCAUGGUGCAGGAGAACGGGCAGCGCAAGUACGGCGGCCCACCGCCCGGCUGGGAGGGCCCGCACCCGCAGCGCGGCUGCGAGGUCUUCGUGGGCAAGAUCCCGCGCGAUGUGUACGAGGACGAGCUGGUGCCCGUGUUCGAGGCGGUGGGCCGCAUCUACGAGCUGCGCCUCAUGAUGGACUUCGACGGCAAGAACCGCGGCUACGCCUUCGUCAUGUACUGCCACAAGAGCGAGGCCAAGCGCGCCGUGCGCGAGCUCAACAACUACGAGAUCCGCCCGGGCCGCCUGCUCGGCGUGUGCUGCAGCGUGGACAACUGCCGCCUCUUCAUCGGCGGCAUUCCCAAGAUGAAGAAGCGCGAGGAGAUCCUGGAGGAGAUCGCCAAGGUCACCGAGGGCGUGCUGGACGUGAUCGUCUACGCCAGCGCGGCGGACAAGAUGAAGAACCGCGGCUUCGCCUUCGUCGAGUACGAGAGCCACCGCGCCGCCGCCAUGGCGCGCCGCAAGCUCAUGCCCGGCCGCAUCCAGCUCUGGGGCCACCAGAUCGCCGUGGACUGGGCCGAGCCCGAGAUCGACGUGGACGAGGACGUGAUGGAGACCGUCAAGAUCCUCUACGUGCGCAACCUCAUGAUCGAGACCACGGAGGACACCAUCAAGAAGAGCUUCGGCCAGUUCAACCCGGGCUGCGUGGAGCGCGUCAAGAAGAUCCGCGACUACGCCUUCGUGCACUUCGUCAGCCGCGAGGACGCCGUGCACGCCAUGAACAACCUCAACGGCACCGAGCUGGAGGGCUCCUGCCUCGAGGUGACGCUGGCCAAACCUGUGGACAAGGAGCAGUACUCCCGCUACCAGAAGGCGGCCAAGGGCGGCGGCGUGGCAGAGGCGGCGGUGCAGCAGCCCAGCUACGUGUACUCGUGCGACCCCUAUACGCUGGCUUACUACGGCUACCCCUACAACGCGCUCAUCGGGCCCAACAGAGACUACUUUGUGAAAGCAGGCAGCAUACGAGGCCGGGGUCGAGGUGCAGCUGGCAACAGAGCCCCAGGGCCCAGGGGUUCCUACCUCGGGGGUUAUUCGGCUGGUCGUGGUAUAUAUAGCCGAUAUCAUGAAGGGAAAGGAAAGCAACAAGAAAAAGGAUAUGAGCUUGUGCCGAAUUUGGAAAUCUCUGCUGUCAAUCCCGUUGCCAUUAAACCUGGUACAGUGGCCAUCCCAGCCAUCGGGGCCCAGUACUCCAUGUUUCAGGCAGCGCCAGCCCCUAAAAUGAUCGAAGACGGGAAAAUCCACACAAUGGAGCACAUGAUCAGCCCCAUCGCCGUGCAGCCAGACCCAGCCAGCGCUGCCGCGGCCGCUGCCGCCGCAGCCGCCGCCGCGGCCGUCAUUCCCACCGUGUCCACGCCGCCACCGUUCCAGGGCCGCCCGAUUACCCCCGUGUACACGGUGGCUCCGAACGUUCAGAGAAUUCCCACUGCUGGAAUCUAUGGGGCCAGUUACGUCCCGUUCGCUGCUCCGGCCACUGCCACGAUCGCCACACUACAGAAGAAUGCGGCUGCUGCCGUGUACGGAGGCUACGCGGGCUACAUACCUCAGGCCUUCCCCGCCGCUGCUAUCCCAGUGCCCAUCCACGACGUCUACCAGACAUACUGACACUGGUGAGGAGAGUGCAGGCAGACCACAGACUACCCCUGAAGGAACACUUUACUAUUUAUGAAGAAAGAACGUGCGGCAUUACCGCACUCCUGAAACCUGAAAGUGAAGAAUGUUAUCCAGUAUCAUCCUGAAAGAUUUUAUAUUCAUGAAGUUUCCACUAGUUGUUGUUGUUGUUGUUGUUUUUUAAAGACUGUUUUCCACUUAGCAGACCCUGUUCAUACAUUUCUAAGAGACUCGCGACGGUUCGUGCCUUAAUACCAUCUCUCAGAAAUUUGUACGCCGUUAGUAUAUUUGUAUAGAGGUUUUUGUUUUUGUAUUUUUAAGGAUAUAUUUUCAGUAUGAAGGUUAUUUUCUUAACUUCUGCACUCCAGAGAUUUCUAUUUUGUAGUACCUUCAAUAAUAUAUCAACUAUAUAUGGAAAAGCACACUUGAGCAGCUAGGGAACUAUUUUGAAAAAUAUAUUCAAUAUUUAAAGAUACAAACAAUAGUGCUUUAAAAUACUACAUAAAAUGUUAUUUUAAAAGUUAUACUGGAAAGUGCAAUUUUAAAGUGAGUAGAAUCUUUAUUUCAGCUGGCUUUAAGGGGUGACGGUGUUACCAUGUGUUAUCUAUGACGGUUCUGUUGUUUUGUUUUGUUUUUGUUUUUAAAGAAACACUUGAUCUCUCCUUAAGCCCACGUUGAAAAGACUUGUCACACUUCUGAGUCCAAACACUGGAAAGCUCUUACCUGCCACAUUACCCUGUUUCCCCUUUCUUCUCCAUGUGUCUUGCCUCCCUACCCCCCUACUCAUUCCUUCCUUCCUAUCCCCACCCCCACCUCCGAGUCUGGCAAGUCUAGGGCAAAUGAAUUACUCUGAUAGAGAAAGCAUUGAUAGCUUUUAUACUUCUUCUGGGUUUUUGUGGGGGGUUUUUUGUUUUGUUUGUUUGGGUUUUUUGUUUUUUGUUUUUUGUCUUGGUUGGGGAGGUAUUUUCAAUAGCAGAGUAUGCAUAAGCACAAGACUUUAAUAGUUUCCAUAAGAUAUCUUUGCAUAGUUAUUUAAUGUCUCAUAUAAAACCUUAGUUCCUUUUCUAAUGCUUUUAUCUUAUUCAUUUUUGAAGUAUGAGUUUAUAGAGACAGUGAAUGUUAUUGUCGACAAGGCCCCCAGAGACUCUUGUCGCAGAAAGUUAUGCUUCUAGCUGACUUACCAUGUUUCAAUGCAAAAUGUCUGUGGUCAUCAAGGGUGUUGGUAAUACUAUGUUUAUUGAGCAGGGCUUUCCUCCGUUGCUGUGCACGUGGUAGGUGAGCUGACUUGGGACGUGCAUAUCCAGGAGGAGGAGGAGAGACCUGUAGAAGUUAAAAGAUAGCUUGUACAUAAUCUAAUGCUGGUUUUCAGUUGUUUUAUGUUGCGGAAGUUCAUGGUAUAGAGUUUAAUGCAGAGUGAAACUGUUUUAUUUCAAUGUUAUUAAAAAGUUUUAUUAUUAGGAAGUAAAUGUAUUGUUGCAGUGUUGUGCCUGUUUCCAGGCUUUUGUUCAGCAGAGUGAAUGUAAAAUACAGUAAAAUGUUAAGGUUGUCAUCUGCUUUACGAAAUACAUCAACUUGGAACUUUUUUUAAAGGCUCCAUCAAGGAAUUGAGCUGUGCAAUAGGUAGCAAGGACACAGUUGUGUGUUUAUGUCACAUUAGAGAUAUAUAAAAUCUUUGAACUCACUGAAUUUUUGCUAAUGGCUGAAUUCUUAUUUAUGGAUUAAUAAUAGGAUCACGCCUUUAGCAAAUAUUUUAGUUUUGUCUUAAAAUUUAAAUUAAGAGACUCCCAAAUGCCUUUUCCCUCCCCCUCAUCUUAGGGUGGGAUGAAUUUUUUAUAUAUAAGCAAUAUUUAUUUAACUAUUCUAUAAAAUUAUUGAGUGCCUACCAAGGCCUUUAAACAUUUCUAACAUUUCUUUCCAUCGUUCUUAAAUGACAUAAAAUGAUUGUGCAAUGUUCCUGAUGAUGUACCCAGCAAGCUGCAUCAAACCUUUCAGACUGUGUCAUCAACUAAAUGCAAUUUGGAUCAGAUCCUCGUCCCUUGACUUAGCGUGAAAGAACUCCUUCCAAUGAAGGAUUGUCACAGCGGUUCACUGGAUGAGACUCUGACCCAGCGGUCUUACUGUAUUUUACAUAUACCUGUAAAUUAUUUGCAAGGAAAAAAAAGAUAAUGAGAAGAAAAGAAAAAAAUUGGUAUCUCAACAUGGCAACUACAAAACUACCCUAAAAACAGAUUUUGGUGAGCCUAUUCUCUAUGGUCUGUCUGUUUCUGUUUCAAAACCAUUUCACAUACACUACUGAGGUAAGUUUAUAACUUGAAAUGUGAACUUUUUUUUUUAGGGUUAAGAACAAACUAUAUAAAUAUUAAAAAAAAAAAGCUUUAGUGUUCUCUGUUUUCAAACAUGUUAGCAGUUUAGUUAUCUUUAGUUGCUUUGUAUUUGAAAAGCUUUUAAAUUUAUUUAGAUUUUCCUCCAUUUACAAUACAUUCUUAGGAUGUAUGUAGUAAAUAAAGCUUUCUUUAAAGCA